AAAAUAUACUUAGAGGUAGAUAGUUUGCAUGCGUGAAUAUGAUUGGGUGAGAGGAGGGAACGAGCGUGCAGUGAUUGGUGGAGGAGAGGACGCAGGCGAGGUGUGGGGGGUGCGGACUGCUUGCUGUCCACUACGUUACCUGACGACAUGGCGGCCAGACAAGUGACUGUGGCGGCGGUGAUGACCCUGGCGGUGGUGGCUGCCGCAGGGAUGGCCCUGGCUAUGGAAGAUGCAUCUCCCCGACUUGGCGAAAGGAACUUGACUACCGUAGUGGAGGAGAACCUAGAUGAAUUAGUGGACGUCGUCGAGGAAGAACUGGGUUUGGAGGACGGGGACCUGUCUACCCUGAUUGACUCUUCCACCUCAAGCUUCGGAAACAUCGUCUACAGCACCGUGGGCUUUGUGUUGGGAGGCCUGAUGCUCUUCGUCUCCAUCUUCGACACUACGAGGACACCCGUUAUAAUGUUCUUUGAGAAUAUCUUCGGGGGGCGACAAACGAGGCGCCGCAGGGAGGUGAGUGCAGGCCUGGAUGCGCAGGUGGCGGCAGCAUUCCACGCCUUCACCUCCGCCGUGGACAAGAUGGAUGUCAUUUUGCGAAUGAAGUGACCGGAAGUAAUAAAACAAUGAUAGUCAUGUUAAAAUGUCAAUAAAGUACUAAAAUUU